GUCCCAUUACAGAUCAGGAUUUGGGUGUAGGUAGGAUUUGUUCACCCACCACAAUUGCACAAGAGAAGAGAGGAAAUGACAAACACAGAUUUGUGGGUACGUUUUUAAUCAUUGAGAGUAAACAUUUUAAGUGUCAGGGUCUCAAAAAUGGUGAAUAUAACCCUGAUAUGCCACCGAAUGUAAAUGUCACUUUGCAUAUACACAGUUUGUUGCAAUGUACGUCAUGCGGCGCCCUGACAGAAUCUCAGCACUUAGUGUGGAUCCGUUGUAGACACAAAAAUAAUGCAUUGACAAAACUUUCGACAUUGCUUAUAUUUGCAUAAAAUUUUCGAAAUAAAUAUAUUGGGUCUCUGAAGAACAAGCAUAUAAAAAAAAACUAAGGACAAGGACGGGAAAUGGUUAUGAAUCUGGCCGGAUAUUUUUACUCCGGGUUAAAAUUGACUGUUACGUCGGGCUUUGAGUGACCAAGUUUGGAGGACAUUCAUUCCAACAGGAUGAGUCGAGCUGCUGCCAUCGGUGUGCCAGUACUGAUAGGGGUAGGUCUGGUAGCGGUCACUGCUGUCCUAGCCAAAAUUUUCUUAUUUGGAAACAAGAAAAAGGCCAAGUCACCUGUCACACUGCAGGACCCGAAUAUCAAGUAUCCUCUGAAGUUGGUGGAUAAAGAGGAAAUAAGCCAUGACACAAGAAGGUUUCGGUUUGCACUUCCUAGUCCAGAGCACAUUCUGGGACUUCCUGUUGGCCAGCACAUCUACUUGACCGCACGGAUUGACGGACAGCUGGUAAUCCGCCCCUACACACCAGUAUCCAGUGAUGAUGAAAAGGGGUAUAUGGACCUCGUCAUCAAGGUUUACUUCAAGAAUGUCCACCCUAAAUUUCCUGAGGGGGGAAAGAUGUCCCAGCACUUGGAGAACAUGUCUAUUGGGGACUUCAUCGAUGUCAGGGGACCCAACGGUUUACUGGUCUACGAAGGGAAAGGUGUCUUCAAGGUGCGCCCAGACAAGAAGUCUCCCCCUGAGACAGUGACGGCCCGCAAUGUUGGGAUGAUUGCGGGAGGAACAGGCAUCACCCCUAUGCUUCAGCUCGUUAGGGAGGUCUUCAAGGAUCCUGAGGAUAAAACCCAACUACAUCUUCUGUUUGCCAACCAGACUGAAGAUGACAUUCUGUUGAGACCAGAACUAGAGGAAAUUCAGGCUGCUAAUCCUGAGCGUUUCAAGUUAUGGUACACAAUAGAUCGACCAGCAGAAGACUGGAAGUACAGUAAGGGGUUUGUAAAUGAUGAGAUGAUAAAAGGUCACCUGCCUCCACCCAGCAACGACACGGUCAUCCUAAUGUGUGGGCCCCCACCCAUGAUCAACUUUGCCUGCCAGCCCAACCUUGACAAACUUGGAUACAGCCAGAAGUCCAGAUUUGCCUACUAAACAGCUUUCGUUGUUUGACAAGCGACGUGGCUUUCACAAUUAUGGGUGUAGAGGCAUUACGUGAAUUGCAUAUUUAAAUUAUUUAUGAAAUGAGGUGCGAUUGUGGAUUUCGAGAACGUUUCCAUAAUGGGAAUAUAUUGCACACACUUCUGGGAAGGGAGAUGGACAUAUGAAUGUUCUUUGCUGCUCGCAUGUUUUUGUUUUGUAAUCAUCGCUGGGUAUUGUCUUGUAAUAUAUACUAUGCACUGGUGCACCAUGUUUGUCAAUUAAUAAAUAUUUCUACUUUU